AUGGAUAUGGGUAUUCAUGGGGACCCUGCCGUUACAGCUUUAUGUCAUUGCAUUGACUGCCAAAAGUGGACCGGAGGCGCUUUCACCUCCAACGCUGUUGUGCCUCGCACUGCCUUCCAAGUGACAAAGGGCACGCCAAAGAGCUUUGACGCCAUCGGGGCCUCGGGCAAGGUGAACAAGCACUUCUUCUGCUCCAACUGCGGCUCCAGUCUAUACACUGAGCUCGAGGUCAUGCCGGGCGUGACCUGCGUCAAGGCCGGCGGCUUGGAUGGAGGCGCAGCUAGCCUGGGUAACAAGAUCGGGGUCGAGUUCUACACCAAGGACCGCGUCGGAUAUCUGGCCGGUUGCGAGGGGGCCAAGCAGGAGCCCGUGUUUGGUUAA